ACGUGCUGAGAGUUGCGGGGGGUGUGAGACCAGAGAUAAUGUACCAGGUGAAGAUACGAGAAGUAAAACCACCCCUCAUCCAAGACAAGGCUAAGGGACCAGUCAGGGACAUGGGAUUAAAAGUAAAACCCAUGUCGAUGCAUAAAUGGAACCUAAAACAAUAAAUGCCAUCGAUGCUAAAUGGUCCGAUAAAAAGAAGAAUAAGCAGUGAAUAUGUGAUUUCAUUAGGGAGUGCCAGAUUUAGACGGCGCGUGGUGAGGUGUCAUUGAGUUUUGUGGCUGGUUUAUGCGGAGAGGUAAGGACAACUCCGGUUGCAAGAUUUGCACCUCUGUCAAGUGGAUUACUGGUGAUGGAUUAAUUGGGUUUUCAAGGGAUCAAACAGAUCUGCACCGUGAGAAAACACGAUAACAUCUCCUCAACUGUGGAUUGCGCACUUAACGCGGGAAGUUCGGUGUUCUGCUCAAGAUGACAUCGGAGUGUUUGCAGAGGUCUCUGCUGAUGCUAAUUCUAGCGCUGUUCUCCGCAAAUGCUAGCAACUGGCUGUACCUGGCUAAGCUGUCGUCCGUGGGCAGCAUCUCAGAAGAGGAGACGUGUGAGAAGCUGAAGGGCCUGGUCCAGAGGCAGGUGCAGAUCUGUAAGCGCAACGUGGAGGUGAUGGACUCGGUGCGCCGCGGCGCCCAGCUUGCCAUCGACGAGUGCCAGCACCAGUUCCGCAACCGCCGCUGGAACUGCACCACCCUGGAGACGCUGCCCGUCUUUGGCAAGGUGGUCACCCAGGGCACGAGGGAGGCAGCCUUCGUGUACGCAAUCUCCUCAGCCAGUGUGGCGUUCGCUGUGACUCGGGCCUGCAGCAGUGGGGAGCUGGACAGGUGUGGCUGUGACCGCAGUGUCCGCGGGGUUAGUCCUGAAGGGUUUCAGUGGUCGGGCUGCUCGGAUAACAUCGCCUAUGGCGUGGCAUUCUCUGCCUCCUUUGUGGAUGCGAGGGAGCGAAGCAAAGGCACGUUCGCCGGGAGGGCUCUGAUGAAUCUGCACAACAACGAGGCUGGGAGGAAGGCCAUCCUGAAUCAUAUGCGCGUGGAGUGUAAGUGCCACGGGGUGUCGGGAUCGUGCGAGGUGAGGACGUGCUGGAGGGCCAUGCCGUCCUUCCGCAGGGUGGGCGGAGUCCUGAAGGAGAAGUUCGACGGGGCGACGGAGGUGGAGCAGCGGCGGGUCGGCUCCACCAAGGUGCUGGCGCCCAAGAACUCACAGUUCAAGCCGCACACGGACGAGGACCUGGUCUACCUGGACUCCAGCCCGGACUUCUGCGAGCGCGACCCCAGGAACGGGGUGCUGGGCACGGCGGGACGCCGCUGCAACAAGACGUCCAAGGCCAUCGACGGGUGCGAGCUGAUGUGCUGCGGGCGGGGCUUCCACACCGAGGAGGCCGAGGUGGUGGACAGGUGCGGCUGCAAGUUCCACUGGUGCUGCUACGUCAAGUGCAAACAGUGCCGCAAGACGCUGGAACAACACACCUGCCGGUGACCCGCCCCACGACACAGAGCGAACACGCAGAUGUGAUGCACAAGGGCGGCAAAGGACACGCCGGCUGUCACAGAUGGUAGCAGACUUU